CCAAAAUUUACUCUGACUCCUUGCGAAUUUCCAUCUUCCUCAACCAUUCAACCAGGAAUACACAUCGAUAUGAUUACAAUUGUCCUGGGCGCGCAGUGGGGAGACGAGGGUAAGGGAAAGUUGGUUGACAUUCUCUGUCCUUCGCAAAAGCUCUGCGCAAGAGCACAAGGUGGAAACAAUGCGGGCCAUACGAUUGUCGUCAAUGGAAUUACAUACGACUUCCAUCUUCUACCAUCUGGAUUGAUCAACCCCGACUGCCAAAACUUAAUUGGAUCUGGCGUAGUGGUCCAUGUACCCUCUUUCUUUCAAGAGCUUGAGGCCCUCGAGACGAAAGGCCUCAAGGGAGCCCAAGACCGUAUCUUCAUUAGCGACCGAUCGCACAUUGUCUUCGACUUGCACCAGUUGGUAGAUGGGCUGGAAGAGGUUGAAUUGGGCACGAAGAAUAUUGGCACAACAAGGAAGGGAAUUGGACCAACAUAUAGUACAAAAGCAUCACGAAGUGGUAUUCGAAUCUGCGAAAUCUUCAACAAGACACUCUUUGAUGUACGGUUACGAGAGUUAGCUCGCGGAUACAAGCAGCGGUACGGUGACCUGCUGGAGUAUGACGUGGAAAAAGAGAUAUCGCAAUUCGAUCAAUUCCGUGCGAAAUUGGCUCCCUUUGUCGUUGACCAAGUCCCUCUCAUGCAAUCUGCACAAGAGUCUGAUGCACCCAUACUCAUCGAAGGAGCAAAUGCACUCAUGCUCGAUAUCGAUUAUGGAACCUAUCCUUAUGUAACGUCUUCUAACACAGGAAUUGGAGGAUGCUAUACUGGACUUGGAUUGAAGCGAAGAAAGAUCAAGAGCAUCAUUGGCGUUGUUAAAGCAUAUACAACCAGAGUUGGAGGUGGUCCUUUCCCCACGGAAGACCUUGAAGAGGUCGGGGCCAAAUUCCAGAACAUUGGACGGGAAUGGGGUGUCACCACUGGAAGGAAGAGACGCUGUGGUUGGUUGGACUUGGUCGUUGUGAAAUACUCUGCAGCACUGAACGACUAUGAUUCCAUCAACUUAACUAAAUUGGAUAUCCUAGACACGUUCCCCACCAUUAAGGUUGCUACAGCAUACAUCGAUCCCUCAUCAGGUGAAGAGUUAGUCUCUUUCCCUGCAGACCUGGAACUUCUCGCAAACGUCCAAGUGAGAUACGUGGAGUUGAAAGGAUGGGAAAAGCCAAUCACAGGAAUAAAGACUUACAGUGAUCUUCCUGCAGAGGCAAAAGCAUACAUCAAGUUCAUUGAAGAUUUCGUGGGAAUCGAGGUGAAAUACGUUGGCACUGGACCUGGAAGAGAAGCCAUGAUUACCAAAUGAAGCAUCACCAAUCUCUAAUUUUAUUGUCUUUCUUCUUCAACAUUAGAUUUCUGGCUAGCUGUAGAUAGAAUGCUGCUUGUUUUGCAACC